AUGCUGUUUUAUUUUUAUUACAUUUUAAUAAGCAUGCCCAGCUGGAUGUAAGCCGAGGACAAAAUGCAAGGAUGAAGACAAGGGUUUGAACGUCGAUGUGAAAUAUUUUCAGCUGACAAAUAUUAUCAUAACUAAUGAAGUCAUGGAGAGGAUGAUGGAGAAUCUACUUCUUGUUGAGAAAAAUUUACGCGAGAAACACGUGCAGACUGCAACAGUUAUUCGGACACAAUCGGCAGGAAUGGUUGCUGAAAUUAAGAACCAAGCCAAGGAGAUAAGAGAAACUGCAACAUCCCAGUCACAGAAAAUUAAAGUUGUAUCAGAGGCGGACUAUACGAACACUAUAGAGACAGCUCGAGGAUCAGGUCUUAAACAAUUGUAUACCAGCCUAGGUAUAAACUCUACAGAACAUAAGAACAGUUUUGACUACUUGAAAACACUGAGGGGGCUGGCUAAUGUUCACCUUACUGUGGACUUCCAACAAAGGAUUGCUGGAAAUGUUUAAACGACAGAGAACAGACAAUAAAAGCAACAACAACAUAUCACCAAGAAAAAAAACAACAACA